GGGAGGGAGACAGAGGGAGAGAGACACAGAUAUUACAAACAUGAGAGCAGGUAGAGUUUAGGGCAAGACUCCUUCCAGCUUCAACAACUGGCUUGGUCCUGUGACACGUGUAGCUGUGGCCAGUGGAAUAAGCCCAUAUGCUCAGUGAAAGGAGACAAAGGAAUUUGGGCCACACAKAAAAAAGUCGAAUAUGAUGAAGAACGAAGAAACAAGCUUUAAUGUGGACAAUAAUCGAGCCACUCCCUUUUCCCRCUGCCUGCAGCCACUCAGCCCUGUUACAAAGCCACACAGAACAACUCCAUUUGAUGAAGAUUUCAGAACACACCUCUCACACUUCCGCUAUGGUCCUCCUCCUCUUGAAAAUAUGGAAACAUUCCAGGGGUCUUUGGAAGGAGGGUCUCGUAAACGUAAAAGCAUGCCAACAAAAAUGCCUCCUCCCAUCACCCUUGAGGAUUCCCCAUCACCAUCAGACAGACCUGAAGAUCACAAUGACAUAGGAUCUUCCAGUCUCCCCUUGGUGUUCCAACAGCCAGCACAGCCCAAGUACAAUUCCCAGAUGAUUGACCUCUGCAACUUUGGUUUUCAAUUCUACCGAACUCUGGAGCAUUUUGGAGCCAAGCCCAUCAAGCAAGAGCCAGUGAAGCCUAACAUGGCAUGGCCCASUAGCCCAGCAUUCAUGCAGGCUCCUUACCCCUAUUAUCCUAAAGUCCACCCUGGCUUAAUGUUUCCUUUCAUUGUGCCACCAAACUUUCAUUUCAGGAACCCUUUUCAAAUGAAAAGACCUCCAGAACCGCCCUUCAGGAGGGCUGAAGUAAGAGAAAGUGGUGAAAACAAACAGAAAGUGGAAAGAGUAGAUGUCAACCUUCAGAUAGAUGACAGCUACUAUGUUGAUGUGGGAGGUGAACAGAAACGCUGGCAAUGCCCCAUGUGUGAGAAGUCCUAUACAUCCAAGUACAAUUUGGUCACCCAUAUCUUGGGGCACAGUGGCAUUAAGCCACAUGCUUGCACCCGAUGUGGCAAGCUUUUCAAGCAGCUGAGCCACUUGCACACGCAUAUGUUGACACACCAGGGCACUCGGCCACAUAAGUGCCAGGUGUGCCACAAGGCUUUCACUCARACCAGUCACCUUAAGAGACAUAUGAUGCAACACAGUGACAUCAAGCCUUACAACUGCAGGAUCUGUGGCAGAGGUUUUGCCUACCCCAGUGAGCUGAAAGCACAUGAGUCUAAGCAUGAGAGUGGACGAGAGAACAUUUGCGUGGAGUGUGGUCUGGACUUCCCAACGCUGGCCCAGCUGAAGAGACACCUAACCACUCACCGUGGGCCUAUCCAGUACAAUUGCACCGAAUGUGAUAAGACCUUCCAGUACCCCAGUCAGCUGCAAAACCACAUGAUGAAGCACAAAGAUAUCCGCCCCUACAUCUGCACUGAAUGCGGCAUGGAGUUUGUGCAGCCCCACCAUCUGAAGCAGCACUCCCUGACUCACAAGGGUGUGAAAGAGCACAAAUGUGGAAUUUGUGGCCGGGAAUUUACCCUGCUGGCCAACAUGAAGCGACAUGUCCUGAUCCACACCAAUAUCAGAGCCUACCAAUGCCAUUUGUGCUUCAAGAGCUUUGUGCAAAAGCAGACUCUCAAGGCCCACAUGAUUGUUCACUCUGAUGUCAAACCGUUUAAAUGCAAGCUGUGUGGAAAGGAGUUUAACAGAAUGCACAAUUUAAUGGGACACAUGCACUUGCACUCGGAUAGUAAGCCAUUCAAGUGCCUUUACUGUCCCAGCAAAUUCACCUUGAAGGGGAACCUAACCCGGCACAUGAAAGUCAAGCAUGGGGUCAUGGAAAGAGGAUUUCAUUCUCAAGGUUUUGGAAGAGGAAGGAUUGCUCUGUCCCAGACAAAUGUCUUGAGAAGCUUGGAGCAGGAAGAGCCAUUUGAUCUUUCCCAGAAAAGCCAAGGGAAGGGAAUCUCCUUUCAUUCUGAUGGCGAAAGUGCCAAAGRAAGCUCAUGCCAGGAGGAAGAGGAAGACAACUGCUAUGAGGCAGAGCGAUACAGCCCUGCCCCGUACCAUCAUGAUGACAACAAGCUGUACGUGGCUCAAGAUCUCUCUGGCAAACCUGAGUGCAUGAUGAAGGACUUCAGAGRGUCCUACUGCAAUGAGAAGGAAGAAGUGCUAAGUGAGGGAGGACUGGGGAAGAGAAUAGGAAAUUCAGACAAAGAGGAGAGAUGUGGAGAGGGAGAGCUUGCAAACAACAAAGAACAUCUCAGCUKUAGAUCAUUUGAAAAGGCCAGACUCGGUCACUCUCUCUCUGAUUACUUGUAUUUCAAGCACAGGAACAAGAGUUUGAAAGAAUUGCUGGAAAGAAAAAUGGAAAAACAAACAAUGCUCUUAGGCAUUUAAAAUGGACAUUUUAAAGCAGCUGAAAAAUGGUAACCAGAUAGAUUUUUAACAUGAACUGUAAGCUACCAAAGCCUGGAAGUCUGUAGUAGUAUUUAGAAAUAAAUAAGGCAAAUUAAUAAAAAUAAUUUAGGGUAAAACACAUACAAGAAUAAAGCAGUUCAAGGUCACCAAGAAAUGCAAUARAUAUCGAAAAAUAACACUUUUAUAUUUAUCCAUUUGAUGUAUAACAGAGAAUGAGUUGGGUACAGAAGUUUACUUCCUAUUAUAUGGGGAUAGCUACUUACAUGCAAUUUUCUAGUUAGAAUAAAGCAACAUACUUUAGCAUCUGAUUUAUUACCUGACUAAAUAUAUAUGAACACUCCUAACCAUAUGCCUCAAAAUUACCUGAAAAUACCAAGUAUUUCACAUUAUAAGCCAGAAURCUAUUAAACAUGGCAUGCAUGGAAAUGGUGUCAACAUUCAGAACUAACACAGUCCAAAUAUUUUGAUUUACUGAAGUGACUCUUAGUUCAACUACUUACAAUGGAAAAUGGGAAACAAAUUAAUAAGAAAUACUAAUGUCUUGGGAGGCAGUAAAGGACAGCUCUGUAAGGCUUUGAAAGGACUGGUAUUUAUUACAAAACUUAAUCCUCUGGCACAAGAAGUGUUUGUGCUUUGCUUUGUUUCAGUCCAAAUGGGAGUAUUCAGCUAUUCUUGAAGUGAAAUAGCAGAGACUGUGUUGACAUUUUGUUCUACUGCUUGCUUAGACAAAUAUAYUUAUUGGGCAGCAUCAGGAUGCAGUAUCCACAAUCUUGCCGUAGAUGCACAUAAAGUAGUAUGGGUAAUUUAAUUGAAAAAAUGGUGCAAAUUUUACUAUUUAUCUCUUCAAUUUAUCAGGACUAGUAAGGAUAAUCUUGAAAUACACAGGUCAGAUCUAUUUUUAUUUCAGAAGGUAAAAAUAACCCUUAUAGGGAAAGCAGUACCUUACAGAUGAAAACUUUCCUCAUUUUGGAGUCAGAAAUUUUGCCUUAUUAACAUGUCUUGAGCAGUUASUUGCAGGCCUUUCACAUGAAUUUCACUCAUUUUGUUUUUACAGAGUCAAACCCAGAUUUUCAUUCUCUGAGUACCAYACAACACUAUGUUCAUAACAAACAUGGAAAAAGCAUAUUCCAUUAAACUUAUCCUUAAUUGUAUUAAUUCUAUGAAAAGCAUAUUAAUUCCUGCAUCUUCAAGACAGAGAAAAAGCAGCCCUGCACCAUCCCAUUGCUUACAAGGAAAUGAAAAUUUAAUUAGUCAUGAAAUUUGGCUUAUGUCCUUCCGACAUCCCAACCCAAAAUGUUAAAAUCCAUAUACAUGGUGCAUCACUUCCAAAUAUUACUAGCUUCUUCAUUUGCCUGCCAAGUUCUUAAUUUGAAAUACAUUACAAUCAUGCUCUCUAUAUAGCAAGUUAUAAUUAAACAUAGUCACUUACUUACAGCUCGCUAAGGUGAGUCAUGUASCUGCAGCUCUCUGCCCCUAUAAGAAAACACAUACCUUUCAAACUAAUGAUCCUCAUGCCUACCAGUUAAUCAGCAUUCACAGGGAAAUGUCCUUAUUCCUUCUAUAAAACUGGAUUUAUGUAGUCCAAGGUUGCAGGCAGUGUUUUCCUUUUUCAAGGCUCAAAAAUGGCAUAACUCAUAUUUAUGCAGAAAAAGCGGUUGAUAAAAGGAACAGUAACAACCAGGUGACUCUUCUAAAUUAACUCUACAUCUGACACGAMUUUUGUUUAAAAUAAAAAUGUUAUGCCAAAUUGAAGUGGAAGGUAGGUCACUUUCAACCUAGAAUUUAAAAAGUCUUUGGAAGUGAGGUGUAUUUUAGAGGUACAUAGUCAUGUUUUUUUCAGGGAUGAGCUGUUUCGUCAUAAACAUUCUUCUUCCUUGCUUAAGCUGUGAUAUGAUCCCUAUUGAAAGAGGAGCCAUCUUUCUUUCAAGGAAGACAGUGUGGUUAAGCAGAAAAAUUAGAAAAUUUUCAGAAUAAUGAGUACAAC